AUGCCGUCGAGCAGCGUUGUUUACAAAGCCAAGAUCUGGGAGCAGCCCAAGUGCCCAGCGGCAGAUGAGUGGAUAAAACGGUGGUGGGUGUACACCGUGGAGUACUACUCGGCGCUAACAGAGGAGGACUCCCGCCCUGGGCGACAGCCUGGUGCUCGAUGUCAUAGUUCAGCAGAAGGAGACUCUGCAGAACCUGUGGCUCUGCGGGCCCGCGCGGGCGCNGCCGCUGCUGAAGCCGCCUCGCCGAUGGCUCUAUGGGAGUGGGUGGCCCUGAGUCUGCACUGCUGGGUCGUCGCCGUCGCUGCUGUGUCGGAGCAGCAUGCCACGAGCCCCUUCGACUGGCUCCUGUCUGACAAGGGACCCUUCCACCGCUCGCAGGAGUACACCGACUUCGUGGACAGAAGCCGCCAGGGGUUCAGCACACGGUACAAGAUAUACAGGGAGUUUGGCCGCUGGAAAGUAAAUAACCUGGCCGUUGAGAGAAGACAUUUCCUUGGCUCCCCUCUGCCUCUUGCCCCUGAAUUCUUCCGCAACAUAAGACUUUUGGGACGUCGACCCACCCUUCAGCAAAUCACAGAAAACCUUAUCAAGAAAUAUGGGACCCAUUUCUUGCUAUCUGCUACUCUGGGAGGAGAGGAGUCACUCACAAUUUUUGUGGACAAGCGGAAGCUGAGCAGAGGAUCUGAAGGUAGCGAUUCCAGCGCCAACAGCUCUUCGGUCACCCUGGAGACGCUGCACCAACUCGCCGCCUCCUAUUUCAUCGACAGGGACAGCACCCUGCGGAGGCUUCACCACAUCCAGAUCGCGUCCACUGCCAUUAAGGUAACAGAAACGCGGACAGGUCCCCUUGGCUGCAGUAACUAUGACAACCUAGAUUCAGUCAGCUCUGUUCUGGUUCAGAGUCCUGAGAACAAGAUUCAGCUGCAAGGCCUGCAAGUUCUCCUCCCGGACUAUCUUCAGGAGCGUUUUGUCCAGGCAGCUCUGAGCUACAUCGCCUGCAAUUCCGAGGGAGAGUUCAUCUGCAAGGACAAUGACUGCUGGUGUCAGUGUGGACCCAAGUUCCCAGAAUGCAACUGCCCCUCCAUGGACAUCCAGGCCAUGGAAGAGAGCCUGCUGCGAAUAACCGAGACCUGGAAAUCCUACAACAGCGACUUUGAGGAGUCAGAUGAGUUCAAGCUGUUCCUGAAGAGGCUGCCCGGGCAUCACUUCCUCAACGCCUCGGCCCUCGCGCACCUGUGGACCAUGGACCCCAGCUUCCAGCGGCGCCACGAGCAGCUGCACGGCAGCCUGAGCCAGCUGUUCCUGAAGGCGCAGAAGGUCGUGCACAAGCUCUUCAGCCUCAGCAAGCGGUGCCACCGGCAGCCCCUGAUCAGCCUGCCCAGGCAGAGGUCGUCCGCCUACUGGCUCGCCCGCAUCCAGUCCUUCCUCUACUGCAACGAGAACGGGCUCCUGGGCAGCUUCUCGGAGGAGACGCGCUCGUGCACCUGCCCCAACGACCAGGUGGGGUGCGCGGCGCCCCUGCCCUGCCCCGUGGGNGACGCGGCCGCCUGCCUGUCCUGCGCCCCCGACAACCGCACCCGCUGCGGCGCCUGCAACGCGGGCUACAUGCUGAGCCAGGGCCUGUGCAAGCCCGAGGUGGCCGAGUCCACCGACCACUACAUCGGCUUCGAGACGGACCUGCAGGACCUGGAGAUGAAGUACCUGCUGCAGAGGACCGACCGGCGCAUCGAGGUCCACGCCAUCUUCAUCAGCAACGACAUGCGCCUCAACAGCUGGUUCGACCCCUCCUGGCGCAAGAGGAUGCUCCUGACCUUGAAGAGCAACAAGUACAAGUCCAGCCUGGUCCACAUGAUCCUGGGCCUCUCGCUGCAGAUCUGCUUAACGAAAAACAGCACCCUGGAGCCCGUGUUGGCCGUGUACAUCAACCCCUUCGGCGGCAGCCACUCCGAGAGCUGGUUCAUGCCCAUCAGCGAGAACAGCUUCCCCGACUGGGAGCGGACUAGGCUCGACCUGCCCCUGCAGUGUUACAACUGGUCCCUGACCCUGGGCAACAAGUGGAAGACGUUCUUCGAGACGGUGCACAUCUACCUGCGGAGCCGCAUCAAGUCCAGCGGGCCCAACGGCAACGAGAGCCUGUACUACGAGCCCCUGGAGUUCAUCGACCCGGCCCGGAACCUGGGCUACAUGAAGAUCAACAACAUCCAGGUGUUCGGCUAUAGCAUGCACUUCGACCCCGAGGCCAUCCGGGACCUGAUCUUGCAGCUGGAUUACCCCUACACCCAGGGCUCGCAGGACUCGGCGCUCCUGCAGCUGCUGGAGAUCAGGGACCGGGUGAACAAGCUGUCCCCGCCCGGCCAGCGCCGCCUGGACCUCUUCUCGUGCCUGCUCCGCCACAGACUCAAGCUGUCCACCAGCGAGGUGGUGCGGAUCCAGGCCGCCCUGCAGGCCUUCAGCGCCCGGCUGCCCAGCUCCGUGGACUACGACACGACCAAACUGUGUAGCUAACCGGUCAUCCGUCAAGCACAACCCCGAGACCUUGAAGAAGUUUUUACCGUGCUCUUGUGGAACCGUUUCUGUUUGGAAGAGUUACCAUUUCAAUUGUCCUUUUCAAUAUCUUUGUCUUAUAUCCGUCGGUAGCGUUGGAUGGCAAUUUCCACCCACACGGGCUCGCUGACCAUGCAUAUGUUAUACUGCAGUGUUGGUUGAUGAAUGAAAUAAAUACUGACACCCGUCCUGGAAGACAUUCUACUUUUUACAAUAAAUUUCAUUUGUAAUUUUCUAUGUUCCGUGGCAAUGCUUUUGUGCAUUACACCCUCUAGAGGGGACAUACAAAAAGAUACCAAUAAAAUUUUGUAGCUGAACAGUUAU